GCUGCUUCUACAACCCCUGGACCCCUGCUCCUCCUCUGCAGCAGCUGAAGGCUGCAGUCAGCAUGAAGGACCAUUACCCCAUCUCCGUACCUCGGUAUGUCCAGCGACUGAGAGCCUCCCGCACUGUGCACUUCCCCAACGACGUCGUCUUUCAGGACCACAUCAAGCAGGGAGACCUGGAGCAGGUGUGCAGGUUCAUACGUACCAGGAAAGUGACGCUGGACACCAUCUACCCUUCUGGCAUGGCAGCCCUUCACGAAGCUGUGCUGACUGGAAACCUGGACUGUGUCAAACUCCUGGUUAAAUAUGGCGCAGACAUCCACCAGAAAGAUGAGAAUGGGUGGACACCCCUGCACAUGGCAUGCAGUGAAGGCUAUGCUGACAUAGCCAGGUACCUCAUCUCCCUCGGAGCCAGCCUGGAGGCCACCACGGACGAUGGCGAGAAGCCCUCAGACCUCAUUGACCCCAUCGACCCCGACUACAAAGACUUGGUGGAGCUCUUCCAAGCCACCACGAUGGACUGAGGCAGGGCACUGGGGUGGCGGGGCCGCUCCGGGACUGAGGGCUGGGGCUGGGCCUGGGCCGGGUAACACUUUGUACUUUUACAAUAAAGAUUAUGGGACGCGGACAGCGCAGGGACUCUGUCGGGAACGCGGUCGGCGCCGCGAUCAAAC